AUGACAAGGCUCCGCGGAGCUUCACUUGAAUCCCACGACACGAAGCGACACGGCAGCGCCGAGCGACACCAGUUCUGUCGGUCCAAGAUUCCCCCAAAUGCACCAGAAGUCGUCGUACAAAACACGGUCGAGGUAUCGCACCCAUCACAGGUCCUUCCAUGGUACCGAGAUGAACGCAGACGGCGCUUUAAUAUACUAUUACUGCAUGGAUGUGACGAUCCCGGAUGUCUUACUCCAACCUGUGCCAGCCGUCGCCGACGAGUCAGCGAAGGUCCAUAUCGCCGCUAUACGGAACUUAGCGCCCGAACUCUUGCCUGUUAUCUCGCCAGUCUGGAUGACGCGGAGAGUGGACUAUGUCGUAACAACCCGAGAUAUUCCUCUGAAUUAACCAUUAAUGAUUACCACCGCAUUUCAAAUCAGCGAUCCCGUGCGUUUCAGGCCCAAGCUGGGGCGGCUGCCACUACCGAGUCGGGCAGGCUCCCGCAAGAUGAUCAGAGUCAAGUUCCCGAGGAUGCGGUCAAGAAUACAUUAUGCCCCUCGCAGGAAGAUGGAUUGGCUUUAGAGAGCCAUGAAGAUGGACCGGAAUCAUAUCCCGGUACUGCAACAAACAAUUACUACUGGCAGGACCUUGACUACACGGUUGAGCAACCGCUCAAAGACCCGAAAUCCUUCACCCAAAACCUCUUCGACACGAUAUCCUUACGUAUGGUCGAGUGGCUUCCACUUCGUCGAGCGCCCAAGACCUUCCAGCCGAAAGCAAAGCAUGCAGGGUUACAGCCCAAUAGCACACAUACAACCUCCGACAAACGACGAGGUCACCGAGAAAAAGAGGCUGAGAAGCGGCAAUCAACCAAAGACGAUUCCACUUUCUCUCAAUCACAUAAUGUACCACCUCGUACGCCAUCUUCACGGAAUGCCGGGACCCAGCCAGCCGCUGUCGAACUCAAGUUCCAAAACCAGCAUGUCAAACGGCUGUCACUCAGCGAGGUGGAAAACUGGCGACAGUCCUCAUGGCACAGCCUGGACGAGAAGAAGCGACCCGAGCUUAAGAAUAAGCAAAUAUCCGUGGGUUCUCAUAUGACGUCCAAUGAGUUUGCGAGUCUUCCUUCGCCCCCGGCUUUGAAACAUCGGCCGCAAAAGCAUCGUGGAAGAAUCGACAGCUUGGACAAUACACGCCCGAAAGAAAGGUCCAAGGCCCAAAGGAGGGUUUCUUGGGACAGCGAGAAAAUCCUGCAUGAGCCUUUGCUCCAAGAGUCUCCGAGUCAUCCCAAACCUCCUCUGCCGAAGCCCCAUGUCGAUAUAGAUUCUCCCAGUGAUCCCAAAACCAAACACAGGUCUUCUCGGAGCACUCGUGACCAGGACCCUCUGGCCCAGACAGUCACUCAUCUUACUCCAGAGAUUAUCAACGGCCUCGAGAGGAUCAUCAUUGAGUCCGAUGAUGAGGCAGACCACUGGAAAGAAGAGCUCGAUAGGAUUCAGUCGAUGGGAAGUUUCGAUAACCCCGAUUGGCGAUUUGCCACACCUCGCCAACGUGAGGUAUUUCCCUUCGUUGCACAAAGUGUCUUCUUUGUCUUCAGCAAUGCCAAACAAAUGCUGCUAUCAUUUGGUAAGGAUUUAACUGGCUCGACUAGAUUAUCAGGGACACAAGUAGACAAUCGUCUGGACGUUCCGAAUCUCCGAGGCUCUUUACAGCGCCUGUUCACCAUUUGCCCAUGGGACAUUGCGUUGCAUAGCUUGUGGUCCGGUCUCGAUAAACUAUUCCUGCCCCCAGCUGAGUUUACUUCCUCGGCCAGAGCUUCGCGUCGUUCAUCCCGCAGUUCUACCAUGACCAUACGACGAUUAUCCGAGUCCGCACCCGAGGGGCACCUGUCGGACGCCGACGCUGCUUACAUUGCAACGAUUGCCUUCUUCGUCCUAGUUGGCUCUGUGCCAGACCUCGAUUCGCAGACCUGGCGAGGGAUAUCACGAAUGCGUGCUGCAGGCACUGUUGCUUCGUCGGCAGACAUGCAAAAGCUAUCCCCGGAACGUGCCCAACAAGCUGUCGACGCAACUGAUAGGCUUGAGCAUGAAUUGGGUCUCCGAUUGGUCAAUCGUCUCGUCCGGGCUCUUACUGCACGCCUUGCAUAUCACGAAAUCUCUAAAGCGCGGCAAGUUUACUCACUUGAUCUACCAAAGCAACGCAAAAUCAGCGUAUUAGACCGUAUCAUUGAUAACCUCACCGAUCAUUACGACUCUCAGCAUCACGCGACUGAUGCUCAUUCAUCACAAACAACUGGACCUGCCCACUUGAUUCUGGAGUGGCUUCGAACACUCUUCUUGCGGGAAUGGGAUGGUAACCCGGAGAUGGCACGCAGCAGUGCUUCUGGUGGCGCCAUACAGAUCAUGGCCAUGAUGUAUAAAGAACGAAACCGCUUGGAGCUGAGCCCCGAAGAUUUCCAAACACCAAUUCUCGCUGAGCGGCUGGACCCCCUUGAGAUGCCCAUUGCGUGGGUUGGCAACCUUCCAAAUAACCGUACCAUGCAUCUCUUGUCAUACCCCUUCCUUUUCCCGCCAUCAUCUCUGGUUAUAUACUUCCGCGCUCUCAAUCACUCCGCCAUGACCAAGUACUUUGAGGCCGCCAUGACCACAACCAGGCAUGUCACUCAAACUGCGUUUGGCAACAUCCAUAUCACAAACGAUGCUGCACUCUUGGCUCGCAUGAAAGUUUCCAUGUCCACCUACCUCGUUAUUUCCGUCAGACGUGACAAUGUUCUGACAGAUAGUCUGAACCAGCUCUGGCGGCGAGAAAGACGAGAGCUGAUGCGCCCUCUCAAGGUCCAGAUGGGAAUGGAUGAGGGUGAAGAAGGCUUGGAUCAUGGCGGUGUGCAACAAGAAUAUUUCCGCGUGCUCAUGGCGGAAGCGCUUGAUCCAGCUUACGGCAUGUUCACCAUGGAUAGCCGACACCGUAUCUCCUGGUUCCGGCCCUGCUCUUUUGAGCCGCUGUACAAGUUUGAACUCCUUGGCUUGCUGAUGUCCAUUGCUGUUUACAACGGUCUCACCCUCCCAAUUAACUUCCCAGUUGCCUUCUAUCGAAAGCUACUGGGCCUCAAGGUGAAACACUUGGACCACAUCAAGGACGGUUGGCCUGAACUUGCUCAGGGUCUCAGCUCACUCCUUGAAUGGAAGGACGGUGAUGUUGGUGAUAUCUUUGUGCGCACCUAUGAGUUCAGUUUUGAGUCAUUUGGUCAGGUCGAGACGAUUGAUAUGCAAAAGGUUGGUCGGGAUGCAAUAUGGCCUGUUCCCGUCAGUCAUCCCACAGCGUUGUCCAAGAUGCCUUCUGCCGAACCGGCAAUGUUGAGCCCUCCUUCAUCUACGACAGCUGAAGCGACUGAGGAGACAACAACAUCCAUGCCCGAAUCGUUGUCAAUGCAGUCUCCAACUCCUCCAAGCGAUGAUGCCGCUCUUGUGACGAACGAUAAUCGCCAACAAUUCGUCAAGGAUUACAUUUUUUGGCUCACUGAUAAGUCAGUUCGACCGCAAUUUGAAGCGUUCCUUCGAGGCUUCCAAACUUGUCUUGACCGGUCGGCUCUGUCUAUAUUCACCCCGGAGGCGCUGAAGACAGUCGUCGAGGGUCUCCAUGAAAUCGACAUCAAGGAGCUUGAAAACCAUGCCCGCUAUGAAGGUGGCUUCGGGCCCGAUCACCGCGUCAUCCGGGACUUCUGGAGCGUUGUCCAGCAGUACUCGCCAGAGAAGAAAGCACAACUUUUGGAAUUUGUCACUGCCAGUGACCGUAUUCCAGUCAAUGGAAUCCCCAGCAUCAUGUUCGUCAUUCAAAAGAAUGGUGUGGGAGAUAUGCGUCUUCCGACAAGUUUGACGUGUUUCGGUCGUCUCUUGUUACCGGAGUACUCUUGUAAAAAGGCCCUCGCUGAAAAGCUUGAUAAGGCACUUGAAAACGCGCGAGGAUUCGGCGUUGCGUAG